AUGCAUUUAAGUAACAACAGUCUAUAUGACACCCAGUAUAAUAGUGUAGAAGAGACUAGGUUUAAUAAUUUAAUGGCAAGAGUAGAAGCGGAAGAAAAGCAAAGCAUAAAUAAGAGAUGGAGCAGAUGGAUGGAGCUUGCAGUUCUGGAAACCACCUGGGGAGAGAAAAGCAAAAAAUUAAAGAGAGAGCUAAUAAAUGAUCAAGAAUUCAGAAAUGAGAAGCAAUGGCAGGCGUACAAAGGACUUUUGAAGGAAGAACUAGGAAUAAAGGGAGUGCAGCUGGAUGGCAUAGACAGACUCAUCCGGUACAUGAUAGAGAUGAAAGUAAUUGAAACAAGAGAGAAACAGGAUGCAGAAGAAAAGAAAGCACAGAAAGAUAGUGAAUUACAAGAGAGAAAGAUGCAAAAGGAAAAAGAAGAAGAAAAGAAAAAUAACGAAGAGACAAGAGAAAGAAGGAAUGAACUAUUUGAAAAUUCAAAGAAAAAGGAGCAAGAGAGAUUAUCUAAAGAAAGAAUAGGAAGAAUAUUGGACGAGAUGGAUGACCAGAAUAAAAUGGACAUGGAGUGCUACACUUGUGGAAAGAAAGGCCACAAGACAGUAGCCUGCUGGUAUAGAAGGGGAAGCAGAAGCCUGAGCACAGGAGAUAGAAAUAUUCACUACCCUGCGAAGACUAAAGAAGAGAUAAAUGAAAUUCCAAAUAAGACAGUGGAUGGAGAGAAGGAUAAAAAGUACACUAUAUGCAAGGAUGGAUUAAAAAGAGAAGUGCCUGAGUGGGUUGAAAGAAAAGAGUUAGUGGAAAGAGUGCAUUUGGAGAAAAUGCAUGCAACAGCAGAGCAAAUAAAGAAGUGCAUCAUAAUGGAUAUGGGAAAGUGCUGGAAGGGCAUAUGGGGUGAUGCAGUGCAGGCUGUAAAUAAUUGCGAAAAGUGCUCGGAGAAUAGUAGUGGACCAAAGAGUGUCACUGAGUAUGUGGUGACCAAAAGAAAAUUGGAGAAGGUGAUACUGUGCGUACUUGAUGAAGCAAAGGAAAAUAAAUCUAUUAUAGUGAUGGUAGACCACUACACAAGAGUGAUGCAGGCUAGGGCAGUUGAAAAAAUGAAUGUGCGGGAUAUAAAAAAAGUCGUUGAAGAGUGGAUAAAAAGAAGAGGAAAACCUGAAGAAAUAAUAUCUCCUUGCAUGACAGAACUAGUGGAAGAAGAAACCCAAAGAUAUUUUGCAAGAAGUGGGAUAUUACACAGAAAGAUAGGCUUGAAGGAACUGUACAGCAAGAAUCUAAGAAUGCUCAGAGCAGCCAGAAUAAUAAGAGAAUUAUGGGCAGAAAUGAAAGAAAGUGAAAGCCUGGAAGACGCACUGAAAAUAAUCGAAGAAAGAUACAACAGCAGAUUCUACAGUGUGGCAAACUGCUCUCCAAAUACAGCAUGGAUGAAUAGCUCUGAAGAGUUUGAUGAAAUUGACAUCAAAGAGAACGCGUGCACAGAACAAUUUAAAAAGAGCAAACUGGAAGAAUUUAAAAAAGGCGAAAAAGUGGGAAUAUUUGAGGAUGGGGGCUCAGAAAUGCAAGGAAAUAAGUAUGCAGUAGGAUGUAUAUCAGAAGGAAUAAUACUGGAAGAGUGCAGAGAUGGAUCAUAUUUAGUGCGAGAAAAUAGUGGAAAGAUAUCAAAAAAAAGGCAUUAUAACCUGAAAAAAGAUUCUGCAGAGUGA